AUUCAGUCGCCGGCUUCCAUACAAAUAUUCAAGAAACAAAAAUGUCUUUAGACGAGAACUUCAACACUGCUGCUGAAGAUGUCAAAGCACUCCAGGGAACUCCAGAUGACCAAGAAUUAUUGGAAAUUUAUGCACUUUUCAAACAAGGGACUGUAGGAGACUGUAAUACUUCCAAACCAGGGAUGUUUGAUUUUAAGGGAAAAGCUAAAUGGGAGGCUUGGAAUGCCAAGAAAGGCACAGCCCAAGAUGCAGCAAAGGAGAGCUACAUCGAAAAAGUCAAAACUUUAAUUGGGAAAUAUGGAAAGAAGUAGACAUUUUGAGUAAAGCCUAACAUUUAUUUUUUAUUAAUAAUUUAUGAUUUGCUGCUCAAAAUUUGAUUUUAUUUUUUUACAUUAAUGUAAGCAAACAUUUACAACAUUCAAGAAUAUUUGAACCAAAGGUUGUGCAAUUUAUGUAUAUAAUAUAUAUACAUAUAAGGUAUUUCUUUUAUAAUUUUUCAUAAAUUUAUAUUUGUUAAAAAAUUUGAAGAUAGUUUUGUAAAAUGAUUUUUUAAUACAUUUAUAUGGAUAGUUGAAUAUUAUAUUUGAAAAUCUGUAUUCAAAGAAUAAAUUGCGCCUAAAACAUU